AAAUUUAUGGUCACAACCGCAGUAUGGAGAUAUCAAAUGCUGAUUUUGAGAAUCUUUGGAUGGAAAUCAGUGAUGCCCUAUUGAGAAUUGCCGGCAGGAUAAGUAGUGCAAACAGAGAUGAGUGGAAGAAUUCCAUCGAAAAGUUUUUCCAUGAACCACUAACACCGGACGCAAAGGAAUGUGUUGAUGAACUUCGAUUGUGGUACUUAUUGGACAUGGAUACCAAAGAUAAGCUCGAAAAGCUAGAUAAGAAGAUGGAACAGAUGCAAACUAAACAAGAACAAAUGAAAAAUGAACAAGAACAAAGACAAGAACAAAGACACAUGGAAAUUCUUAUUUUCCUUGAAAGUCUUAGGGCAAAUGGGUCAGCUGUUGGUUCAUCCGCACAAGUGGAAGGCGACCAAUUGCCACUUGAACGUCUGGAGACACGUAUAUCAUUACCCCCAGAGCAGUCAUCAGCAGAAGGUACUGCUGGCCUAUCCACACUAACGGAACUGCAAGCAAGUCAGCAAAAUAUCCCAGUAGCUCUUGAUUUCUGGUAUGUUGUUUAUUCAUUCAAGAGGCCAUUAGAGCUCUUGAUCAGAUACCUGAAAAUAAAGCUUGGAGUUGACGUUCAAAGCUCCAGACUAGGAAGCUUGGUCAUAACAGUGUCCUGCAGUUCUUUAGAAGUUCUUGAGGCAUUGUGGAACGAAUACCGGACUGGCCGUCUUAACGAAGUGGUUCAAGAUACUCUUGUAACCAGGCAGGUUCUGGAAACACUUGACCUCAGUGAGGUAAAACUGAGAACUAUUAUUUCAGAGGAAGACUACUUGUCGUACAAGGGUUUUUUGAACUACAGACAAGGUAAUAAUAAAAUGUCCUCAAAUGGCUCUUGUUAAUUUAUCGUUUUAAAAACUGUGACCUUUAAAAUUGUGUGCUUGGUAAUUUUGGCUCAGUCGCUUCUCAUAUAUAUGACCACGUUUGUGAUGAUAGCGGAGUUACGCGUGCGCGGAGACGUGAGCCAGCAAAGCUCUCUAUAUCCUAUAGUAGAUCAUUCCUUUGUCUCCACAUACGAACAUUGUUACAGCCAAUCAUUUCAAUGUGUCACAUUUACCAUGGUAUAGUCUGAUGUCAUUUCAUGUCAUGUAAUUCCAUUCAUUUCAUAUCAUCUGUCUCCACCCCCUUACCCUUACAUUUCAGACUACUAAAAUUUCUGUACUCUUUCAUUCUCUUUAGGUAAAACCGAAACGAAAACUUCCCAAGAACCAGCCGUUUCCGCCUCUAAGCUUCCUGCAGGUGAGAUAGAUGUUGUGGUUCACAAAUAAACAUUUACAUUAAGGACAUCACGUUUACGGCAAACUGCAAAAGUGAGAUUCAACUCGAGAAAUUUUCAAAAUGAGAAAUGAGCAGAUAAAAACAGCUUACAACAAUCGUAAUGGAAAGAAUUUUAGUGAACCUACCGAUUUUCCUGUAGUUGUAAUGAACAGUAAACGAUAAGUAAAUGGAAAACUUGGUCACCAUGUGCCCGUUUGUCGUAGACGCGAUGCUUAAAGGGACAGGUUCACGGUUAAGCACAUGCUCAUUAAUUAAAUUACUUUUUUCCAAUUUUAUAUUACUUUGAUCUCAGAGUGUAUUUCAAAGUAGAAGUGUAUUUCAGAGUAACCUGAAGUAGGAUGCAGGAGCACUAAAAUCGCAGAAAACAUCAGUGGAUUAUGCCAACGCUACCAACCGGACGACGAUCGAAUAGUAUCCCAUGAUGCAUUUUUCCAGACGCAUCACGCAAUAACGCAGUCAUGGCAGAUUCCAUCGUGAAAUAAGGUCGUUUUCUCGUCGGCUUUUUUCUCAUUUGUGUUCCAGUAAAAGUACGAAAAUUGCAUUAUUUUGUUAUUUUAACAUGAUUUCUCCGAUUUGCAAUGAAGUUUCCAGAUAGAAACAUUUAUUUUUAUUGUUUCACUUAGUCUUCGCAUCACAAAGUGUUCAGUGACCCACAACAAGGUCAUGAAUAUUCGCCAUUUUUUGGAUUAUAUGUUGAAGUCUUCCAAAUGUGGACCUCACGCCAGCAAAAUGAAGUCCUAAAUAUUGUACUGGCUAAGAAGUACCCAGAAGUACCCACAUUUUGAAGACUUUUUUGUCGACCAAAGAUGGCUGAAAUUUUUAUCACAUUUCAACGCCAUGUGUGAUAAUAUAUCUGUAAAGCCUGCUGAAGGCCACAAUCUGUUGGGUGCUUUCGAGAGCGCUUUAUGCCGAAGCAAUCACUUUGUAUCUUCAAUUGGAAGUGGUUAUUUUUAACAGAAAUUUGACUAUAAUUAUUGCGUUCGAGGUACGAGAACGCAACCCCUAAUUUGUGUUGGGUGGUCUCUGUAUUAUUGGCUGUCCUGUGCAAUUAAUAAGGGAAGUUUUUUCGAGAUUGCAUCUUCGUCGUCGUCGUCGACACACAUUUACCUCGCUCUGAGGCGCUUUGCUUACGUUUUGCAUCACUUUGACGCGCUAACUCACUUAGUGAUUCGUGUGUCCUCGGCGUUCAGCUUUCAAACGUUUGCUGAGGUCUGCUAUUCUGUCUUCGUAAAUCGUUCAUGUCUUAAAAGUACGCUGAAUUUUCGUAAAGCGUACAUAUUUAAGAGUUUGCUGAAGGUCUACUAUCGAUCUGUGUUUAAUGAAUCUUCCAAAGCGUUCAUCUUUCAAAAGUGUGCUGAAAGUUUACGCCCUGAGUAAAAUUUUACUUUGGAUUAAGCCUUCAUAUUUUUCUUUGAAAAAUACGUGCUACUCCUGGUGCAUGCAUCAAACCGGGUUGUUUAGCUCGGCGUCCGUUCAAGUACCACAAAGUAAAUUUACCGGCGAGUUGUGUAGCUCAGCGGCCGUUAUUCCACAAAGUAAAUCAACAAAAAUGUGAAGCUCGGCGGCACUAUUUCAUCAUUACGUGUGAUAUUUUCGGCACUGGACAAACGAACAUUUUACAGGUACAAAAGUCGGGACCGCCAGUCCGGUUCGGAUCCAUUCGGGUCGACUCGGAUCGAAUAAAAAAAUAAAAAUAAAAUAAAGUUGGACUCGGAUCAACUCGGAUCAUAAAAAGAAAAAUAAAAUCAGUCGGCGUCACUUACCUUUCACCAGCCAUUUUGUUUUUUUCUCACGAACUCGUGGUUGCCUAAAUUAAUUUUAAUUUUAUUUUUAUUAAUUUUAAUGAUACACUAGUGAGCAGCAAACAUACACUUCCAGUGAACAUUUUCAGCUUGGAAGGAGGAGAAACCAUCCUCUCCCGUGACAAAGGAAAUUUUCAUCCCCUGGACAAGAAUCGAACUCGCGACCCGGCUUCAUUUUGCCAACAAGUUGAUAAUUGGACGCUCUUAAAAAUAACUGAGAAAAUUAUCCAAAGAAAUGUUUUUUUAACAAAAGAAAAAGAAACCCGGGUUAAGCGCUGAUCGGCCUUCGAACAACUGCGCCCAGUAGAACAUCUAUUGCGCCAGUAAAACAAAAAGUUCUUUUUACACGCCCGAAACACUCUGGCCAGUGUCUCCUGAAAUAACAAGCACUUGAGACGAACCAUACGAUAUCACGCUGAUCGUGCACUAGCCUUCAAAACCUUUUCCUUAUGAUACACAGUUUAAAUCGAGGUUUCGCUGUACGCAACCCUGACGUUCAAAAUAUGCCAUAAUCGUAGUUAUCUAUCGCAAGAACCAUCCAACCUUUCCGCUCCACUGCUACCUGUACGCCUAGCAAACAUAUCGAACGCACUCUGCUAAGCUCCGAUUACUCCUAGUUUUAAUUAGAACAAGGAGCGGUGGAUAAUAGUGUGUUUCAGUGUGAUAGGAACCCAAAGAAAGGUGCCACGCAGCAUGCGAGCGGCACAGCGUUAAACAAUCCUUGCUCAGAAUUUGAAAAAGAAACAUAAGAAACUUUAUAUAUUCAAAAGAACAGAUCAGUAUUCUGGCCAGGAAAUUUCCUUGAAGAUUGCUUGAGUCAACACCGGGUAGAUUGUGCUUCAGAGGAUUGUUUGUCGCAUCGAUAUGUUAAAUUUUAUUUAUAACUGCCGAGCUCCUUUGAGCGUGAUGCUGUAAUAAUCCUCCUUUGGUAAUUAGCCUCACAGCGUAGCGGCUGUUUUGUUGGAGCCACUUUUUAGAUCAGUCAUGGUUUCGGUUCUCCUAGUGAACCUUAUCAGUUGCCGAGUCAUAUACUUUGAGUUUGGUUACGACCGAGCGCACAAGUAGUUCUCGACAGAUCAGUAAUACACAUCUAAACUAAAACCCUUCGAAGUGACGCUGAAAUUCUCCUUUAAAGCACAGUAAAUAUAAGCUCACUCGAUAUUCUCAAAAGAAGAAGCUAUUGAACUGAUGUUCAGCUCGAGCGAGCUGAAGAAUGUCACGUACGCGGUCGGCUAAUAUAACAUGAAACGAGGUGCAUCAUGGGAUGCUAUUCGAUCGUCGUCUGACUACCAACGUUGGAUUUAUGGUUGACCCGAAGGUUUUGUUCCAUGUUUGAUUAAUUUACAGCUAUUUGCAAAUAUUUAUGUUGGUCAAGUGCAAGUGACUGCUAGGGGAGUGCGCAGAUUGGUUCUUUGACAACAUCAGGACAUGAUCAUGUUGCUUGCAUACACGAUGCAGCAUGUCCGAGCAGGACAACAGCAUUUUGAUAAAUGAGCAUGCGCUGAACCGUGAACCUGUCCCUUUAAUCUCUCUAUUCUUGAAACUUUAUCGCAGUUUUUAAGCCUCGCUCAAUUUGCCAAAAAUUAAUUAAUUCUCAAGGACCGCGCCCAACUUAAAGACGGAAAGAAAAAUUCUGUCUUUAUGUCCCUGGUAAAAUGAUUAGGAAGUUUCACGUCUUAGUCGUGGAGAGGACGUCAAAGAAAUGUACUAAAACGUGUAAUGCACCCGCAGAGCUGUUUUUUUCGUGCGUGAACCAAUUGUUUGUUAACGUCCACCGUAUUGCAAUGUCGGGAGCCCGACUGACCGGGCUGGAAGUUCCCAAUGCAUGAGCCAAGCCAGCAACAGGACAGUGGGUAACACUUCUCAUUCGAACUGUUUCUGUGAUCUUAACGGUUUCGGGCUGGCCAACAUUCUCGAUCCCAAAUCUGGCGCUUUUGACUCUGCUUAUCAUGCGCAGAACAUCUGCGGAUCUAGAAUAAAUACUAGGGAACUUACAGACGUUCUUGAUUCACGAAAGACAUGGCUGGCCGAGCAGAACCUGAUAGGGGACGCAGUUUACGCGCCAAAUGCAAAUCAUUAAGCAAACCAACGUGAAACCAUCACGAACGCGGACAGAAUAAUCCAGUUGAAAAUGUCUUUCAAAGAGUCUACUACGCUUUUAAAGUUAUAACAUAACAAAAGAACAUACAAGGAUUGGAAACUGUUAUAUCAGACAUCAAAUAUUAACCAUUUUGGCUGUGUUCAUACUCACGUCUCUGAACCUCUGGUUUCAACCUGAGAACCCGCGUUUUGAAGUCAGUGACUGCAGCCCAAGAACGUCUUGACAUGCGCAGUGGCUGUCAUGCUACAAAAAUACUUCGGUUAGCGUCCGCGGUACCAAGAGCGUCUGGUGCUUAAGUUCCCUACUGAACAAUUUUUAACCGGAGACAGUGACAAAUUAUUUUUCAUGUGAAAGCUCAUGGCGUGUCUAUAAUGCUCUCAAAUUGAAAAAAUUACAUUUUUCCAAACCAUUUUUUUUUAAUCAAAAAUAAGUCUGUCUGCGAAACAGCGCCGAAAUCUUUGUUCAUGGCCCCCACCUAUGCACCAGGAUUUGAUUACGCGCCGUGAUUAGCCUUUUAAAUACGUCAUUGUCAAUAUGCCAAUCAGCAAUCAAAGGAAAUUCAAAACGUACUUCCGGUAAUUCGUUCGGUCCUUUGGGGGCCCAGAAGAAGGAAUUCGGCGCUGCUUUGCAGACGUUACUAACCGAGGUUAAAUUAAGUCUACGACGCAGGCUACACGUAAUGUUAUACCGGGGUAAAAGUCACAUGGGCAAAGCGAGCCAGGUCGGUUCAAGUAAGCAGGCCAUCAAAUGGUACCACAUGUGGAAUUACGAACAAAUGCCCUCUCUUUUAUCUGUUGCUAACUGAAUAAAAGUGUAAAUUUAGAAAAGCUUUUAAAAGCUUUCGUUAUGGGUAAAGGGAAAAUGACAAUUCCCCAAGUUCAAGGAAGUCCUGCAAUGGAGCUUGUUGACGGUAAGAUAAAAAGACGUUCAGUGUCUGGUUUGAACGCGGUUGGCGGUGAAACGAGCAUAACACUUUUCAACUUGUUUUGCAGUAAUGCUUCGAAACAAGAUGCACGUGUUUGCAGCCCGUUCAACCAUAACUUUUGCGAUUGUGUACCACUAUGAUUCGUUUUGUAUUUAUCAUUUUGCUUUCUUUUACAGCUGCUUGCGAGCUCCUAUGUCCAAAUUUUAAACUUUUCUGGUGCUGUUUGCGUGUGACGCCGUAGUUAGAACUUCUCUGCUCGUGGAUAGAUAGAACUAACGUUCUCAUGCUUUGCUGUUGCAGCGAAGGAGAUGAAGGUGCUCGAAACUCGCAGUAAGGAGACUACAUCUGUUUCUUCCUCAUUACUACAUGACCUUGCCGCGGAUCUUGGCACACACUGGAGGCAGCUCGGGAAAAUUCUUGGACUUGCUAACUCACUACUUAACUAUUUUGAUAUGGAAAACCUGAGUCUAAGUGAUAAAGGAAAUGCGAUGCUCGGUGAGUGGAAGAGAUUAAAUGGCGACGAUGCUACGAUGGAAGUCUUACAAGAAGCCCUGGCGAAAAUAGAUAUGGGUCAUUUGAUGGAAAACGUUGCAGGUACAUCCCUAAGAUGCUGGAAAAUUAAGCAAACACAUAAGACACAAAUAGAAUUAAACUCACGCAAACACUCGCAAACAACUUUGUUUAGAAGAUGCAUUUUACAUUGAUGAGAGGCCGGGACAAAAAAAAAUAUGGAGAUGACCUCGCUAAUUGCUUUUUCCUGAGCGUGAGAACAGUGGUCGUUAAAAAGAACAGAAAAAAACGCUAUUCGAGAACGCUAGAGUUCCCUUGUUAAAGUGAAAUUACGAGCAAUCUAUUACACAGAUUCUCAGACGCUGCUGCCCCGGCAGACAAGCUCUUUAAUUUCGCUUUACUCCGAGACCCUUUCCACCCGAGUUGAAAGAGCUUGCCCCGCGAAGUUAAUCGCUGUUGCCUCUUACGAUGCAGUUAGGACCUCGAAGCGUGAGAGGCUAUGAUCACUGGGCUGGUCGUAAUAGAAAAGGUAAAUACAAGAGAGAAUAAUUGCCCAAUGAUUCUCUCUAGAAAAAGCAAAAUACCAGACCUGAUACAUAGAAUGUGCCAAUCACAAUACCAAGCACUUGUGUGUUUAACAUUUAAUGGGGCUAGUCAAUUUGCAUAUAAUAUAAUUGUAUUUCCUCGUUCUCGUUAGGUAAAACAGUAUCGACAACAUCCAGGACAGAACCAACAACGGCUGAGUUUUUGGCAGGUAAGAUAUACAAGUCCUUCUUCCUCACUAAUCACGAAUCUGGGAGCGUAGAAAAAAUACCCCCAACGAGUUACCUAACCCAUUGAUGUGCCUACGGAUUUACAGGAAACAGUGUGGCCGAGUCCCGCUCUGACCACAAUUCCAGACGCGCUGAAAAUUGACUAAACCGAGACUGAACCACAAACGGUGUCCUGGUAGCCUGAAUUUCAGCCAUCUAGACGAGUCGCAAACUCCCGAGGGAAACGUCUGAAUUAGAGAGCCGCUAAUGCUGUCCAGUGUGACGUCAUUACCCGAAAAUCGCGGGUAGUUCAGUGGGAUUUUCACUGAAUAUUCAGCGGAUCGCAUGCUUGCGUUGACCGGAGUUCAAAGUUUCGACAUUUUUUAUCGUAAACAGGAAAAUAGCCCUUCUCUUCGAAACUUAAUGACUUGAUAAAACGAACUACGAAUGAAGAAUCAAUGCAGAAAGUCGGGAGGUUUUCUUUUAAUGCCGCUUUGUGGUUUCGGUAAUAAAUUCGUUAAGCGAGGGAUCAGUGAGCGAUUAGUCUCCUUCACAGCCGCUCAAGCCGGAGUCACGCAAGUUCCCUGCUCCCGCUUGCGUGACUCACGCCCGAGUGAGGCGAAGGAGACUUGUGAGAUUUAUAUCAAGCUUGUGUCGAGUUACUGUAGCAAAUUUUCGACUUUUCUAUCGUUUCCACUGUCUAGUGCAAUGGUUCUGCUAAUUUUUCUUCCUUUCUUUGCUUGCUUGCUUUCUUUAAGUAGACAAAUUGAAGGAGAUGUCGCCACAGAGAGCCCUGAGACUCACCACAGCCUUCUCGAAGCCAAAUUAUGAGAAAUUGUAUGGGAAGUUAUGUUAUAAGGUCGACAAAACGGUUAUAUUACACAUAAACAGCCAUUUAAGUGCACAUACCUUAUAUAGACUGAGAUAUCUUUGUGUUGUUUUCUAGCUUUUUCUUAUUGUUUUCUGCCCUAAAAACGUCAUUUUAGAAAGUUUUGAAGACAGUCUUAUUCUUAGUACACUGUAGGUAAGAAACCAAAACAUUAAAACUUGUUAAAAUGACGUUUUUAGAGUAAAUACAAAAUUAAUACAAAUCCUUAUACUUUGGCUUCGAGGAGGCUGUUGUGAGACUGGAUCCCCUGUAGCGUCCCGUAUGUAUUUCAUUCUUAGUUGCCAUGAUCGAGUUUGAUUAUUGCCGAGUGAAUUGAUUCAGACGUCUUUCUCGGGAGUUUGCGACUCUAGGAGACGGCUAAAAUUCAUGCCUGUGCUCUCGGUGAUUCCGCUGGAGUUAAACAUUUGUACUAAGAUAAAAACCUGCGUGUAAGAACCUACAUUUUUUGAAGUCUGUAAAAAGAGCUUCUAUAUUUUGGAGUAGUCAUUGGCAAUUUAGGUUAAAUAGGUUCUUGAUUACUGUGAAAGGUUUGAACCCAGGAGUCAUUUCAUAAGUAGAUUGAGUAUGAUCGUCCGGGUGAACGUAGUCCUGAAUAGGACUGUUGUUGUUGACAGUUAAUAAUUAGAGCUUAAGAGGCUGUCCGCGUAAGAACCGAUAAGGCAAAUUUUGGUCUAUCACGGAUUGCCCUGAUUUUUUCAGUGGAAGAUAACUAUCCUAUCCCAUGAAGAAAUAUCACAUUUAUUUGAACCAACCCAAUUUUUUCUCUAUUUUACAGAAAGAUUUUCUAGGUCACCUAAAACUAGCCAGUUUGCCGUCGGAAGUGGUGCGAUUUUGGUGAAACUUUAGGGUUCUUGCAAACCUACCUUACAGAGCCGAAUAAGCUGAUUAUUUUACACACAAAAGUUUUAAUUCUGGUUAAUAGUUAUAAGGUUUAGUGGUUGCAUUCUGUGGAAAGUUGGCUGAGAUACGAUUUUUUUAAAAUGACCUUUAAUUUGCUUAUCGGCAAAAAUUAAUUUGCAUAACUAGAGCUGAACGGUAAUUUCGCAAAAGUGGCACCUGACCCAGACUCAAGUCUAUGAUAAAACAGAAGUACUAGGACCAGCCUACUUCUUAAUGCAAUAAAAUUUGGGGGCACUCUUUUUUGCGUGCUGUACAAAGUUCCGUUAAUGUUCCAAAAUUCGCCAUUUUGACAGCAAGCACAGGGUCCAGAGGAGAUGUGUUUGUCGUUAGAACAUCAAAACCCGUCGAAAAACUCUGAAAAAACGGGUUAUUUUGAUCGCGUUACGGUUUCGUUACACAUUCUAUAGACCGCAAACCAAGAGACUGAGGGCUCGCAAGAUCGGCUUACAGUAUAAAAUAUAGCCUGCGAAAACAUCCGUUUCUCCUCGCUCUUCGUCGCUGAGGACGUUUCGCGCGUAGGAACGUCUGCGACUCAGUGACAGAAAUUCCAUACUGAUGACGCAAAUCAAUGUUUACAAAAUAUAUCCGGUAGUCAUGGGGUUCCAAAUAUAAAUUUGUCUAAUUUUGCGUGUCUUCUGGUCGAUUUUGGUAAAGUGUUGUGUUGAUCUGCCCACGAGCUCCAGCAAAACUCAAGUGCUUCUUCUAGAGAAGACUAUAUUCCACAAAUAUUGACUGUUUUGUUAGAGAUUCUUCGUGUUUACAUUUGACCUUUUUGGCCUUUUGUCUUUUGUCUGUCAUUUGUAAACAAUAGCUAAAACAAUGUAACUGCUCCGUCGACCAAUCAGCGCUUCUGACCGGAUUCUGGACAGAUUUUACGUCAUCAGUAUGGAAUUUCUGUCGCUGAGUCGCAGACGUUCCUCCGCGCGAAACGUCCUCAGCGACGAAGAGUGAGGAGAAACGGAUGUUUUCGCAGGCUAUAUAAAAUACGAAAAGGGAGGAAACAAAUCUGGGGCCGAUUUUCGAAUCCCUGAAACUCAAAUGGAAGUGAAUCAAAUCGCCUGAUUUUACUAACCUGAUAUAGAAUUCUUAUGUAUUUGCCAAAUACUGUAGGAAAACGGCAUAAGAAAGCGUUCAAAUUCAUUUUCGGCGACGAAAAUUUACGGCUUCUAGAGAGCGUUUUCGUUCGGUGUGCACCGCAACACAUGGUGACGGAAAUGACGUAGUAAAGUAAAUGUGUUCAAGAUCGGAGCAAUAAAAGGGAAGCCUACACGACUUUUGCCUCAUGCCAAAAUCAAAAUGCUGCUCCUUCCAAUAAAGUUUUUUUCCUCUGCUGGGUAGAUUAUGCUCUGGAAGGUUCUACAGCAAAUGUGAUUUUAGCGGGGAUUUUAGCCGCAUGUUUCACACUGAGAGGUCAUGACACAUAUCGAUUUACUGUGGUUAUUGUUUCUGGUCGGCAGGAUUUGCCCUCUGAUGAAAGCGCAUUUUCUUUGACCUCUUUAGAAGCGUGAAGCUUUUUAUUACGGCUGAACAAGGGUUCCAGUUUUCUCCAAAGUGCCUUCUGGAUCUGAAUAACUAAGCGAUUUUCUUUAGUCCGUGAAUGUAAUGUUUUUCUUCAAUGCUGUAUCACGCUGGGCCCAGCUUGUUAGUUUUGUUUGGAGAAUGUUAAUAUAUUACGGAUAGUGAUUUACGGGUCGUGUGUACUCCUGCAAUAAAAAGUGACACUCAGUAGAGCGGGCAUACAAGGCAACUGUAAUAUCAUCACGACUGUGCCAUUCUUCGGUGGUCCAACUUUAUUACCUCUUGCGUCUUUGGCUGUGCGUUUUGCGACUACUGGGAAGCCUUCGCACAAACAAAACCUGCUUAAGACAUCGAAGACUGUUGAAACGUACAACAAAUGUCUAGUCUUGAAAGAUCUUCACUUCAAUUAAAACUCUGUUGUUUUCGCAUAGAUCUCUGAGAUCUUUAAAACUCUCUCCGCAGCUGAUGUUUUGAUUCUCGAAUUAGCAGCGGUCUGUUGCUUUUGCGUUUCCGGUCUCAUUCCGACUUCCGUCACCGAGUGCUGCGGUUCACAUAGAACUAAGUCACGUGGUACAAGUUUCCUCCCCUGUCCUUUCUUUUACUCGGCACUUCGUGCCUCGGUCGCCCUCCGGGCGACGUGCCGUGCGCCAGCGAGGAUAUGGCUUGCGGUUAUUGAUUUUCAAAAGUCGAUCUGGGUCAGAUAAGAAGCGAAGAAAUCGUUUACAGUAGAUUUAUAAAGAUCCCACUUGGCUAAUUAAUCGUGCUAAGCGACAGGCAUAGACAUUUUUCAAGGUAAGUAAUUCAUUUAUUCACACGAAACUCCUCUGGACCCUGUGCAGCAAGCUGGAAUUGUAACGGUCUGCAUCUGGUCGACUAAUUUCCACAGCUUUAACGUUUCUAGUUAUCACUAACUGUCAUUAGACCCUUUAAAUGUUGGACUUUCGAAAACAUGUGAAGAAAACUUGGUAUCGCUUUUUCUUGUUUUUUUUUCUUGUCGACGAUGAACGUGACUUCAUUCUCCGUAUGCAAAUUAGCCUUAGAUGCGUCGUUGCAACAACUUGACAUGAAACAUAAUCCCUACAUUUCCAAUUUUUUUUAAAGAGAAAAUCCAUGUAUAGCUUUGCAAAAGGCAAAUUAGCUGUAAAUUUCAGUUUCAUUCAAAGAUCUUUAAAGCGUUUAUCGGUAGCAGAAUGAAACGGGAAAAAUAAUUUCUUUUUUCAGUGAAUAUACGCAAAAGGGAUUAUCUCAGUUUUUAGUUUUUGUUAGGGUAUAACAUCCGUAUUCCCAAGGUGAUCUUGUUUUGGUUUCAAUCUAAUUGAAUUAUAAUGCAACAGGUGCCAGUUUCAAAUAUAAUUAUGUUAAUGAAAUCGCCGAAGAGAUCAAUUGUGAAAAAUGGAUUAUCUAUUUCAUAUAAUCAAGCUGUUCUUUCCGCGAAGAUCGUCAAGACAGAGUGUGGUCCCAGUAGGGGUGUGGAGGGAAAUGUGUUGGUCGCAAAGUGCAUGAAUGAUAUUACGUCGCACUUAGCCAGCUGUCACUUGUUUAAGUGUAGCAAAGUCAAUGACUGAAUGAACUCAUUUUAGCGAGAGUAGAGGUUUGGUAGGUAUUCGGAACUGAAAUGACAAUCUGCCCAAGGCACAGAAAAUAAAUAGCUUGUGUACAGACCCCCCUCCCCUUAGGAAAAAUCGGAGAAGGGGCUCCUUCUCCGAAGGGGUGGGGGGUGGUGUGUACACAGGCUAACACUAAAAUGACAAUCUGCCCAAGGCACAGACACCUACUUGGCAGGCUUUUUGCGAGCGCAAAGGUCUUGUUAGGCUCCAUUGUAAGCCGCUGUGCUGGAAAAUGAGCCCCCAAGGGACCGGGAGACGGGGGGACAGCGGAAAUGGAGCCUAAGGUCUUGUCAAUACCCCGGUCACACUCUGGAUCAUACUGGCAAAAUAACUACUGUGGCAGGAAAACAUGUCGUGAAUUUCCAGAUAGCCAGCGAAAUAAGUGAGACUUAAAAGUACCAGAUGUUCAGUUCAACUUUAUAUAGCCGAUUUGCUCCUCCUGUCGCAAGAAACGUGAAAAAACUUGAUGCCAAAGGGUCGAGAAGAGUACGAUUGAGAAGUCAGGAACCAUGUCCACACCUUUGCCGGAGAGGUUUAUUGGACAAGAUUUCUCUGUUUUUCUUGUCUUGAUAACGUUUUCAUUAAGUCUUCAAAAAUGCCUCCAGAUUGCUGUUUUUUUCUGUAUUUAUACCCUCUUGAACAAUGUGCUCCAUCCAAGUGCUCCUCUCAUCUCUCCAUUUUUAACCUACUUUACCAUCCACCCUCUCUCCCCCCGGUUCCACCUCUACUUUUACAAGCAUUUAUACUUAAAGGGGUGAAAUUUCUCCUCUGUAUAUUAAUUUCUGAAAAAUGAAGUCUUUCUACUUUUCCCUCAAAUUCUUAAACUUAGUUCUUUUUUCUUUAAGAACCGCCAAAGAUGCUGCUAAGGCUGCAAUAAGCGCACUCGCUCUUUCAUAUACUUCCUACCCUUUCAUAUACCUGAAGCCUGAGAAAGAUACCCCUUUCGGGCGGAGCCUCCCCGUAUAGGCCAUCACCGGGAGUUCCCCCCACCCCCGUUCCAAUUCCAUGCUCACCUUUGCCAGCCCAUGUUGGACUCUAGGCCCGUUUGAGUCAACACCUAAACAUAGUCCUAAGUGUAAUUACAAUAAGGCAAUGGACGAAAUAACCAAUGUAAUGAACUUGAAGAUAAAUUGAACUUGACCAUAGAGAUCUGCUGCAAGAAGACGAGGUGUUCGAAAGGCGAAAUCUUGUUGCAGGAAUCGCUGAAGAGUAACUGAGACCCCAACACCCUCAAUCGGAAGCUUUCAACCUAUGUAUGUCAAAGGAAGAUCAACCUAGCCAGUUCAACGUGGUAACAGAGCCGUAGGGCAGCUGCCCCCCGGACCUGUUGAGCCAGACAAAUAAAGUCUGUGGAUGGAUUUGUUUUCUUUAGACUCAGUUAUUUUGAUUAUAGUGAUUUGCAACUGUUUGCCAUUUUCAUCUUCGAGGUCUAUUUUUCGGAGACAUAUCUCAUGCCAAGUGCUGAAAAUAGCAUUUCGGAGCCUCCAAAUUUGAAAAUUUUCUGAGGGAGGAUACCCCCAUAUCCCCACUACAAGGCUUGUGCCUUCGCCACUCGCGAUAAUGCCCCCCGUUACAAAAAACCUACCUACAGCCCUGGGUAAUGCUAAAAAAAUCUUGUGUCACUUUGAAAUACCAUUCAAAUCCAGGAAAAGAAAAGGAGACCUAAUUUACAAAUUUUCGUCUUUCAUACAAGAGUGCUCGUGCUUUUCUCCAUCAGCUCAGUAGUAAACAUAGACAACAUAGGGAUCCUUAAUUUAGUGUGAUUAACAGCCGGCAAAAACUUUUGGGAUUUAACAGGAGACGGACCGUAAACAAAAAACUAGGCCUUUUUCUGCAUGCCAUUCCUAAUUUUUACUGAAAUGUUGUUAAUUAGCGAUAAACACAAAUACCACCGUAAAGUUUGUAGGGCAGCCUAUUCGGGGAUCUAGGAAAUGUGUACGCUGCUUAAAGGACUUUGCAGGUGUGGUCCUGUGGUGUCGCACGGUAUUUCUGAAGUUGUUUGCGAGUGAUUUCCCAAAGAUUAAUUGUCAUUAUGUAAUUUAAAAUAUUGUGCUAGUGCUCGUGAAUAACAGUGGCCGUGUCCAAGUGACUACUUCGUAACUAAUUGUCGUGUAUUACACCAUGGGCUGUCAUAUUAAACCUUAUCCUAGUGGCGCCCGGGGAUACUGACUCAGUUAAAACGGUCGUAGAAGGAAUAAAUACAACAGCACGGUAUUUCCCACGCAGUAAAGAAUCGGAAUUAACAGUGAUUAAAUUGUAUGAUUAUCAAAGAUAUAAUAAGAUAAAAGAACUGAUCGAUACACGGUCACUCCGGGGGAAUGCGUGACGGGCCACAGUAAUUAAUUAUUUUAAUUCGCGCAAACGUGUCUUCUUCUGCUGCAUCUUCCUCGUAAAAGAAACAGACCUAAGGGGAUUCUAAGUCGUUCGUGUUUUUCCGUGACAGAAGAAAUAUUUUCCCUUAAAAAUACGGAAUACAAGUAUUAUAUUUCCUGUCAAUUUGUUGAAACGACGCAUCUAAGGCUAAUUUGCAUACGGAGAAUGAAGUCACGUUCAUCGUCGACAAAAAAAAAACUCACGAAAAAGCGAUUACCAAGUUUUCUUAGCAUGUUUUCGAAAGUCCAACAUUUAAAGGGUCUAAUGACAUUUGAUGAUAACUAGAAACGUUAAAGCUGUGGAAAUUAGUCGAUCCGAUGCAGACCGUUGGCAAUUCCAGCUUUGCUAGCGGUCAAAAUGGCGAAUUUUGGAACAUUAACGGAACUUUGCACGGCACGCAAAGAAGAGUGCCCACAAAUUUUAUUGCAUUAAGAAGUAGACUGGUCUUAGUACUUCUGUUGUAUCAUGGACUUGAGUCUGGGUCAGGUGCCACUUUCGCGAAAUUACCGUUCAGCUCUAGUUAUGCAAAUUACUUUUCCUUCUCACCAAAUUAAAGGACAUUUUAAAAAAAUCAUAUCUCAGCCAACUUUUUACAGAAUGCAACCAUUAAAGCUUGAAACUAUUAACCAGAAUUAAAACUAUUGUGUGUAAAAUAAUCAGCUUCUUCAGCUCUGUAAGGCAGGUUUGACAGAGCCCUAAAGUUUCACCAAAAUCGCACCACCAGUUUUAGGUGACCGAGAAAAUCUUCUUGUAAUAUAGAGAAAAAAUUGAGUUGGUCCAAAUAAAUGUGAUAUUUCUUCAUGGGAUAGGAUAGUUAUCUUCCACUGGGAAAACCAGGGCAAUCUGUGAUAGACCGAAAUUUGCCUUAUCGGUUCUUACGCGGACAGCCUCUUAAGCUCUAAUUAUUUACCUGACUGGUCAAUUAAGUCGCGAUGCUAUUGGUCGUCUGUCAGUUAAGCCGUGAUGUUAUUGGCUAUGAAGACUCGUAAUGUCAUUGGUGUGUUUCGAUCCCGGCGUCUAUUGUCACAGUUAAACAGUCGUUUAUUGUGUUAGUCAAAUAUAUUGUCAGUUGUCCAGUCGUUCUCUUGUUGUUAGUUAAUCAGGUUAGAUAUUUCUAUGAGGGAGAUAGUUGUUGACUACCAGAAAAAUAAAUACACUUGGAGUUUUAGAUAGCUGGAAGUUCUAUUUCGCGUUGUUAUUGACCGAGACGAAGUCGAACAAGCUUGGUCAAUAAAAGAUUUAUUAUAUGGCCAAAAAGGGAACUUUUUCUCGCGGGACCAACGCGGGAAAUCCCGAGCGGGCAAAUGAACCCAUCUUACCCACUUAGAGGGUCUGAAUGGGGGGGGGGGCCACUUGUCGGUUGUCGGUUAAAAUUCAGUAAUUUUGUCGGUAGUCGGUUAAACUUUUCGAUUUUCGCAGGUUGUCCGAAAACCUCAGUUAAUAAGUAAAAACGCUUGUUAAUUAUUAAUGUUUUUUAUGUAUUUCACCCACUUUUCAAGACUUUGAUCCCUAAGGAAAGAGUAAAACUUGCAAGAAUGCAUCAUUUGAUUGCGCCUAAACCGUUCAUUAACUCUUGUUUUUUAUGCAACAUGAACGUUUAUUUUCAUCAUUGUUUGCCAUUAAAUGAAUAAUUAGUACUGAUAAAAUCACCCAAGCUUUUAUUGUAAAUGCGAACUUCGUUUCCCUGUCGACUACAGGGCACAGUAAAAAGUAAUUAAUUAAUUAAUUACUGGACUCUAGCCUUUUGGAUACUUAAAUUAUUUUUAUUGAAAACCUGCAAGGGAUGACAGGCUGCACAUCUAUCCCUCUCAUGUUUUGGUUCUAACAAGCAUUUCCUUUGCCAUAAUUUUCCUUUCUCAAAGAAAUAGCACUUUAGGUGGUUCUUUAAAAUUUUGGCAAGGUAGUGGUUGAUUUUGUAUGAGAUUCCACUUUUUCAUUAAAGCUUCUUUUUUAUAGACACUAAGGGCUGGUAUUGUGUCACGAAAGGCAAUAUUUCAGUGUUUUUCUUCCUGGUUGUUUUUUUUUUCAGGAGCGCUGCCUUCCUUUCUGUGAGUUUUACUUCUAAUAGCAAUUUUUCUUUCAAAAUUGUGUGGCUAGCCUCUGUCCAUCAAGCGCUUUUGAAAUCUGAAAUACUUCCUCAGAGGAGUUUGUUCGUAGGAUUCUCAAGGCUGUUCGUUUGUCAAACAGGCGCUUUAACAAUUGGUGGGUGAUAAGAGGUGAAAAUGUAUAUACUCUAAGGUUUCCGUUUCAAAUGCGUCUUCACGUCAAGGAUAGCUUUUUCUCAUUUUUUCGCUGAAUGUUGUACCUUGGUAUACAACCGUUUCUCAAAAGAAUGUCUCAUUUUCAGAUCUUUCUGCCGUGAAUUUCAUAGGAGGGCAUGUAAGUUUACUUGUUCCGCGAAGAAAGCUAUACGAUGUCUGGUUUACUUAUGUCCCAUAGGGAAAAAAUGUCAUUUAUGUAACGUUUUCAAACAGUUGGUUUAAAGACGGUUUUGCUUAAACUUUGUGUUUCAAUAUGUGCCAUGAAAAUGUUGGAAAGGAAAUGCAUCAGUCAAUUCCACCUGCGCCCAGGCGCCCCCCGGGCUGACCCCCGGGAAUUAGCAUUUUUUUUGCCUUGGAUGGCAAAUUCCCGGGGGUGGGGACUCUUGAGCUGGCAAAUCCCCCGGGGUGGGGACGAAAAAAGAGGGCAAAUGCCCCGUCCUCCGUCAACAGUGCAACAUUUUUUAUUGAUCACACAGUCCAAUAGUGUCAUUUUAAUGUGCGAUUUUUUGUUUCAAUUAACGUCUUCCUUUGUAAUAGCGCUGGGAUUAUAUUCUAAUUAAGACUUCACGCCGCCACGACAUGCACCAGUUUAUGGUUUUAGUAUUGAUAUAAAAGUAUUGACAUUAAAAUUAACAAAGCGCUGUAAAGUUAUAUGGUAUGAAUAGUUUUAUAAAUAUGAAAGGGUGUUCUUCAAAUAAUAUCAACAGAAAGUUGAUUCAAUUACCAAAAAACGUUGAUUCACAUCGAUAGCUCCAAUUUCGCUAUGUAAUUCUGGCUUGAUAAGAAAUGAAGAAAUGCAUACAUACAUGUAAAAUCGUGAACAUGCCUUUACAACCCUCUACAAUUUAUUCCUGUCCUUGACAGAUGAGUCAGUAAAACCUUCUGUGUAGUUAUAUUCUGAUAGGAAACCGCGUGCGUGUCAAAAGCUCGGGAAUGGCCUGGGGGCUGGCAAAUGCCCGGCCCCGGGCAUUGCAAAAUUUGCAAAUGCCCCACCCCCGGGACUGACAAGGCGGGUAAAUGCCCCGCAGUAGCCCGGGGGGGCUAAAUUUAAAGAGCUUACUUACUUCCUCGAGCUAAUGGUUAGAUUAAAUACAAAAUGCUCUUUUUUGUGGAAACAAAUGUUGAUAAUAUCAGCCCAUGUCGGUAGUCGGUUAAUAUUUUUCCUGUCGGUAGUCGGUAAUUUUUUACUCAUUUUGUCGGUAGUCAGUAAUAUUUUUGGCCCUUUGUCGCUAGUCGGUUAACCCCAUUCACACCCUCCACUUAGGUAGCCAGUCAGAACGCAGGAUUCCCUUCAUCUUGCCUGCCCGCGGAUUCAGCUGUAUAAUAAACAGUAUUUAUUCACAUUUGUAUUACGAAAAGCCUAACUAAACUGAUUACAGAUUUUACGUCUCUAGGAUGGGAGUUGUAUAAUAAAAGAGGAGACAAAAAAAUUCAAUAAAUAAUAAUUGCUGCGGAGCGACCGAGGGGAGCGAGCAGCAACAUAAUCAGGAUUUAAAGGAAAUAUAUAAGGGGCGACGAAUUCUCGAAUUCAUCACUUUUUACCACAAUGCAUUGCAUUUAACCACACUUUUUACCACAAUGCAUUGCAUUUAACCAGAGUGCAUUGCGCCACGAACAAUUCAAAUAAAAACACGGGGAAGUUCGGUGGGUGAGAGAGUGCAUCGUUCGCUGCUGCGCGACUUUCCAAAUUUUAAGACACGCAGGAGUCUUUUAGAUGAGUACGAUGGUUAACUUGGGGAUUGGAUUUCAAUUCAAGAGCCUUUUUUGACUCAAGAGCCUUUUUUGCUCUUCGACUCCGCAAGACGGGGGAUAUACAAAUUCCAGCUUGUUAGAAGGUGAUGUGAAAGUGAGAAAACGUCAUGCAAUGCUAUUCUUAAGAAACUGUAUGAGCCGAAAAUGGACGUGAUUUUGACCAUUCGCUUCAAAAUAACAGCGGAAAUUUAGUUAACAAAACAUAUGUUUUGUGUCCUACUUUGCAGACGAGGACGUGUAUCGGCGUUUUGAAAAGCAUAAUUUAUUGCCAUGGAAUAUGAGUUUACAUUGUUUUUUCACUGUUGAUAGCUCGGUUAAUGCGGCUGGCGAUCAUCUUGCCGGCGGAAGUUUCAUGGAAAAGGAAUAAAAUGAAAGACUUUUCCUAACAAUGGUGUAGUGGUUAAGUGCAGUCGCGUCGAGUCGAAGGUGCCGGGUUCGAAUCCUACUAAGUUAAAUAUACCUUCUUUCUUUUUUUUCCCGUUUUUUGUGUUGUUGUUGUUUUCUAUAAAUAUAUAGCUAAGUAACUGUUACUUAAUAAAGUGCAACAAACAGCAAGAAAAGUAUUGUGUUUCCAGAGAAAAUAUCGUGCACCGUAUAUUAAAUAUAUGGAUAAACGAUCUGAAUUUCUAUUACUUCCUACAACUUACUGUGGGAAAACCAGAGUUGUUAACCACUUGAUCAUUUUCUAAACAAAGUUCCCACGAGUUCUUUCUUUAGACUGAUAGUAAUUAUUCUAGUACUUUCCAACAUGUAAAUAGGACAUUCAAUGUCGUUUUUGAUUCUUUUAAGUCUCACUGCCUAACUAAUGCCAGUAUCAACAGAAUGUGCCGCAGCAUUACUAUCUUUUAGAUACCCUAGUUAAAUAAAGUAUUUCCUUGUUGUAUAAAUUUGCGAUUUAAAAGUCAAACUCCGUUAUUAAAUGAUUUAUAACAAUUAUUAAAUUAUAACCAACAUAUAAGAACCUACUUGAUCUUGCUUGGCUAAGCAGGUUCUUAUAUUUUUGGGCAAAUUUCUGCCCGCAGGUCACUAUUCUUAAAACAGUUGGUUCUUACCCGCGGAUUUUUACUGUAGUUCAAUUGCAAUGAAUUUUAAUUUGGUUCACGUCAUGGAAGUGUAUUCAUAUAUUUGCAGGACCAACCCAUGGAAAGCCCAGCCAGGUGGUCAAAGGUGAUUACUUCGCGACGUCUGGUUAUGUCUUGAUAAUAAACAACUCUCCCAUUACCACUAAUGAUCCGUUUGAAUUAGAAAGCACUGAAAAAAUGGUUUUCGCAGAGAAAUUCGGCUUUACGACCAGAGAAGAUAUUUACCUGACUACAAGUGACAUGUUAAAGGCACUAACAGACACGGCACAAAGAGAUUUUUCCAAUAACGACUGUUUUUGCUGCAUCAUCCGGAGCACUGGAACCGAACAUGGAAUAUGUGGAACUGAUGACAAGGUCAUUGACAUCAAGACAAUCACAUCGCUUUUCACAAGCGAUAAAUGCCCCUCUCUUGAUGGCAAGCCAAAAAUAUUCGUGUUAAUACCUAAGAAGUUUGAAUACCGGUUACGUGUUUUUACCCCCUUGUGGGGUUAUAAACAGUUUGAGGGGAGGAGUAUACUGCGGCAUCUUGUUAUUUCUGAAAAAGAUUUUCUGGUAUGGAACCGUUUUGGCGAGGUACCGCCGUCCCCUUUCUUUGGGCACAAUGUUCAUAUGUUUGGUCGUGAUUGGCUGGAGUGCCUAUCAAGCGGAAUGCACCUAAGGGAAGCGAUAGCAGUCGCAACGGUUGGUUCUGUAGAACCUUCAUCGCUGCUUAGCACAUUGGAAAGGAAUGUGUUUUUUUUAAUCGAAACGAUUCUCUCUACACUGUAG